UAGUAAGAUGGGCACCUGAAGCAGAAGCAGCUUUCCAGGCCCUAAAGAAGGCCCUAACCCAAGCCCCAGUGUUAAGCUUGCCAAUGGGGCAGACUUUUCUUUAUAUGUCACAGAAAAAAACAGGAAUAGCUCUAGGAGUCCUUACACAGGUCCGAAGGAUGAGCUUGCAACCCAUGGCGUACCUGAGUAAGGAAAUUGAUGUAGUGGCAAAGGAUUGGCCUCAUUGUUUAUGGGUAGUGGCAGCAGUAGGAGUCUUAGUAUCUGAAGCAAUUAAAAUAAUACAGGGAAGAGAUCUUACUGUGUGGAAUCUCGUGAAUGGCAUGCUCACUGCUAAAGGAAACUUGUGACUAUCAGACAACUGUGAGGAAAGUAACAAAUCAUAAAUCCCCAUGGCCAUCCCUUAUCAUAUUUUUCUCUUUACUGUUCUCUUACUCCCUUUCACUCUCACUGCACCCCCUCCAUGCUGCUGUACAACCAGUAGCUCCCCUUACCAAGAGUUUCUAUGAAGAACGCGGCUUCCUGGAAAUAUUGAUGCCCCAUCGUAUAGGAGUUUAUCUAAGGGAAACUCCACCUUCACUGCCCACACCCAUAUGCCCCGCAACUGCUAUAACUCUGCCACUCUUUGCAUGCAUGCAAAUACUCAUUAUUGGACAGGGAAAAUGAUUAAUCCUAGUUGUCCUGGAGGACUUGGAGCCACUGUCUGUUGGACUUACUUCACCCAUACCAGUAUGUCUGAUGGGGGUGGAAUUCAAGGUCAGGCAAGAGAAAAACAAGUAAAGGAAGCAAUCUCCCAACUGACCCGGGGACAUAGCACCCCUAGCCCCUACAAAGGACUAGUUCUCUCAAAACUACAUGAAACCCUCCGUACCCAUACUCGCCUGGUGAGCCUAUUUAAUACCACCCUCACUCGGCUCCAUGAGGUCUCAGCCCAAAACCCUACUAACUGUUGGAUGUGCCUCCCCCUGCACUUCAGGCCAUACAUUUCAAUCCCUGUUCCUGAACAAUGGAACAACUUCAGCACAGAAAUAAACACCACUUCCGUUUUAGUAGGACCUCUUGUUUCCAAUCUGGAAAUAACCCAUACCUCAAACCUCACCUGUGUAAAAUUUAGCAAUACUAUAGACACAACCAGCUCCCAAUGCAUCAGGUGGGUAACGCCUCCCACACGAAUAGUCUGCCUACCCUCAGGAAUAUUUUUUGUCUGUGGUACCUCAGCCUAUCAUUGUUUGAAUGGCUUUUCAGAAUCUAUGUGCUUCCUCUCAUUCUUAGUGCCCCCUAUGACCAUCUACACUGAGCAAGAUUUAUACAAUCAUGUCAUACCUAAGCCCCACAACAAAAGAGUACCCAUUCUUCCUUUUGUUAUCAGAGCAGGAGUGCUAGGCAGACUAGGUACUGGCAUUGGCGGUAUCACAACCUCUACUCAGUUCUACUACAAACUAUCUCAAGAAAUAAAUGGUGACAUGGAACAGGUCACUGACUCCCUGGUCACCUUGCAAGAUCAACUUAACUCCCUAGCAGCAGUAGUCCUUCAAAAUCGAAGAGCUUUAGACUUGCUAACCGCCAAAAGAGGGGGAACCUGUUUAUUUUUAGGAGAAGAAUGCUGUUAUUAUGUUAAUCAAUCCAGAAUUGUCACUGAGAAAGUUAAAGAAAUUCGAGAUCGAAUACAAUGUAGAGCAGAGGAGCUUCAAAACACCGAACACUGGGGCCUCCUCAGCCAAUGGAUGCCCUGGGUUCUCCCCUUCUUAGGACCUCUAGCAGCUCUAAUACUGUUACUCCUCUUUGGACCCUGUAUAUUUAACCUCCUUGUUAAGUUUGUCUCUUCCAGAAUUGAAGCUGUAAAGCUACAAAUGGUUCUUCAAAUGGAGCCCCAGAUGCAGUCCAUGACUAAAAUCUACCAUGGACCCCUGGACCAGCCUGCUAGCCCUUGCUCCGAUGUUAAUGACAUCAAAGGCACCCCUCCUGAGGAAAUCUCAACUGCACAACCCCUACCAUGCCCCAUUUCAGCAGGAAGCAGGUAGAGCGGUCGUCAGUCAACCUCCCCAGCAGCACUUGGGUUUUCCUGUUGAGAGGGGGUACUGAGAGACAGGACUAGCUGGAUUUCCUAGGCCGACUAAGAAUCCCUAAGCCUAGCUGGGAAGGUGACCGCGUCCACCUUUAAACACGGGGCUUGCAACUUAGCUCACACCCGACCAAUCAGAGAGCUCACUAAAAUGCUAAUUAAGCAAAAACAGGAGGUAAAGAAAUAGCCAAUCAUCUAUCGCCUGAGAGCACAGCAAGAGGGACAAUGAUCGGGAUAUAAACUCAGGCAUUCGAGCCAGCAACGGCUACCCUCUUUGGGUCCCCUCCCUUUGUAUGGGAGCCCUGUUUUCACUCUAUUAAAUCUUGCAACUGCAAAAAAUAAUUAAAAUAAGUCUAGAUGGUAUGUUUUAUGUUAUGUGCAUUGUCCACAUUUUUUAAAAAAGCAAACUUCUUAUCAUAGUCUACAAAGCUCUAUACCAGAUCUGGCUAUUGACCACCUCUCUGACCUCUUCUCAUACUACUCUGCCCUUACACAUACAGCAGACAUAUUGGCAUUCUUUUCUAAGAAGUCAAGCUUCUCCUUACCUUAGCAUCUUUGUUCCCUUUGCCUAGAAAGUUGUCCCCCCUCCGCCAACCCACAACGCCAUAUGUACACGUGGCUGCCUCCUUCAUCAGGCCAAAUGUCACUUCCCUUAGAAAAGCUUUCUUUGGCUACCUUAUUUAUAAAGAAUUUCACCAACUCUCCUCUCAGUCACUUUCUAUCUCAUGACCCUGUGUACAUCCUCCAUACCACUCAACAUUAUGUGAAAUUAUCUUACCAAUUAUUUUCAUACCUGAUUAUCUGUUCCCCUAUUAACAUAUGACCUCCAAGAGGCCAGACGCAGUGGCUCACACCUGUAAUCCCAGCACUUUGGGAGGCCGAGGCAUACGGAUCACUUGAGGUCAGGAGUUCGAGACCAGCCUGGCCAACAUGGUGAAACCCUGUCUCUACUAAAAAUACAAAAAUUAGCCGGAAAUCGCUUGAACCCGGGAGGUGGAGGCUGCAGUGAGCGAGAUGACGCCACUGCACUCCAUCCUGGGUGAAGAACGAGACUC